AAGUGUUCAGUAUACUGUGUGCCAGACUGACGCGUCUUCUUGCUUAUUCGCUACUAGUCGAAAUACGUACUUGCGGUUAGAGUCCAGCCGUGAUAUCUGGCGACGGAGGUCAACAUGUCCAUGACAAAUACUCCACCGGUCUUCUGGUCGUGCUCUACCGACAAACCUUCCCUGGACUCGUGGCAUAGAUGGCGGAAAACCUUUACGGAUUACUUGGAAUUGCUUCCAAUCUUGAAUCCAGCAGUAUCUCUUACUGAGAAAACCAAAGUGAAGCUCUUGAGACAGUUUCUUGGAGAUGAGGGUCAAAGGUAUUUCGAUGCACUUCGCAUUGAUCAAAUCUCUUCUACGAUAACCGGCGCUUUGGAGACCUUCAGUGCUCUUUGGGGUGCUCGCCAGAAUGUUUUUACGGCUAGAUACUACUUCUCGAAACUCUGCCAGAAACCAGAUGAGAGUGUGAACGAGUUCAUCGCUCGUGUACUACAAGCAGCACCUGAUUGUAAAUACAAUGAAGUCGAUCCAACGAGAUUUGAAGAGACCAUGUUACUCCAAUGUUUGAUAGCCGGAAUCUCAGACCAGAGCACGCGGGAGAAGCUCCUUUCACAAGAUGAUUGUUCACUGACCUGGGAGACGGCCUGCUCGAUUGCCCGGCAGAGGGAACACCUUACACAACAACUCGCAACAUUUACGCUGAAGGACUCGUCAGAUGAGCUGCGAUUGAUUAACACUACACCAAAACCAAAGCCACCCACUGGCGUCAAUUUGUUUGUGUGCUAUCGCUGUGGUGAGCAGCACAGUUGUCCAUCCGACUGCCGGCAUCAGAAGACAGUAUGUCGAAGCUGCGGGAAGGUGGGCCACCUGGCGCGAGUGUGUAGAUCGGUCAAGCGACGUUCAGGUGGGGCUUAUCGAGGAGCAAACCCCAUCAAAACUGUGGACGAGUCUGAUGGUAGCGACUCUGAAUUACAUUCCAUUUGGCUUAAUUCCGUUUCUAGCAUGCAGCCGGCGCCAUACACUCUAGAGCUUUACAUUGAAGGACAAAAGGUACAGAUGGAAAUCGAUACAGGAGCAUCCGUGACGAUAAUCCGGGAAAACGCUGUAAAAACGCUCCCGAACUUAUCCGCUUGCAAUUCUGUUCUUCGUACAUACACCGGUGAACCUAUACGUGUCCUUGGUAAAUGCUUCGUGAAGGCACAGUAUGGCGACAAAAUACGCACACUUCCUGUAUAUGUGAUCCCCGGGGAUCGUCCAAAUCUGCUUGGAAGAGACUGGAUACGUGCUUUCCCGGAUACAAUGAAUGUGGUAAAAUUAGUCACCGAGAUCUCCGGACUUGAAACAUUACUUAAACAACAUUCAGCUGUUUUUUCCGAGGAGCUUGGGAAGUUGAAAGAAUUUCAGGCUGCGAUAAAACUAAAGGAAGACGCUCGACCAAAAUUCAUUAAGGCGCGCACACUACCAUACGCUAUGAGGCCUAAAGUUGAAGAGGAACUAAACCGCCUACAGACUCAAGGUAUUAUUACUCCUGUACACUUUUCUGACUGGGGAACUCCAAUUGUGCCAGUAACCAAACCGGACGGCUCCGUACGGAUUUGUGGUGACUACAAGAUAACCAUAAAUCAAGCAUCCAUGCUGGUCAGGUACCCCUUGCCACGUAUUGAUGACUUGUAUGCAACACUAGCUGGUGGUGAAAAGUUUACCAAACUCGAUCUGAGUCAUGCAUACUCGCAGAUAGAGCUCGAUGAACCUUCGAGGAAACUUACUACCAUCACCACGCACAUGGGACUAUUUCAAUAUACUCGUUUACCUUUUGGCAUUAAUUCCGCCCCCGGAAUAUUUCAGAGAAUUAUUGACGACCUAGUGAAGGACAUUCCUUUUGCGUGUGCUUAUCUGGAUGAUAUUCUUAUCUCUGGACGCUCGGAUACAGAGCAUCUUCGAACACUCGCGGUCGUGCUCGAGCGUUUGGAGCGAAGUGGAUUCAGAUUGAAAAGGUCUAAAUGUGAGUUCCUUUCACCUUCCGUUUGUUACCUUGGAUACCGGCUUGAUAAACACGGUUUACAUGUUUUAAAUGACAAGGUUAAACCUAUUUUAGAAAGCCCAGAGCCAAAGAGUUGUGAUGAACUCCGUUCGUUCUUAGGAAUGCUAUCUCACUAUCGCCGUUUCCUGCCUAAUGCAUCGACGGUUCUAUCGCCAUUAAAUGAGCUGUUACACAAAAAUGCAUCGUGGUGUUGGGGUUCCCGUCAAAAAAGUGCCUUCAAUAAAGCAAAACAAGCUCUUGCUUCGCCACCAACGUUAGUCCAUUAUGACUCUAACAAGCCACUCAUACUUCAGUGCGACGCGUCCCCUUGGGGGGUCGGGGCUGUCCUGUGCCACCGCAUGGACGAUGGUUCUUUACGUCCCAUAGCAUAUGCAUCGCGCACCUUACAGACGGCGGAGAAGAACUACUCACAACUGGACAGGGAAGCGCUAGCCGUUAUCUUCGGAGUUAAGAGGUUUCACCAGUAUUUAUGGGGAAACGUUUUCGAGCUUCAUACAGACCACAAACCAUUGAUAUCCUUGUUUGGGGAAAACAAAGGUAUACAACAAAUGGCAUCACCGAGGAUGCAAAGAUGGGCUAUAACCUUGAGUGCUUACAGUUACAAGAUUGUUUAUAUUACCGGCGUCAGCAACUGCACAGCUGAUGCACUCAGCCGUCUGCCGAUCACGGAAACUGCACAUGAACACGACCCUCCGUUUGAACUGGUUAAUCUAAUGCAACAUCUAGACACAACACCGAUACGGAGUUCAACAAUCCGUCAAUGGACGGAUCGAGACCCCGUGCUAUCAAUGGUGAAACGCUUUUUGAACAUGGGUUGGCCUCCUGAAGGGACAGUUGAAUUACAACCGUUUAUGAUUCGGAAGAACGAACUGAGUCUAUUCGACGGCUGUGUUUUUUGGGGCUCUCGUCUAGUCCCUCCCACCAAGGCGCGUUCACAGAUACUUAAAGAGCUCCAUGAUGCUCAUCCAGGUGUGGCGAGAAUGAAGGCACUAGCGAGAGGGUACUGCUGGUGGCCCAACAUCGACUCAGACAUAGAGAACUUACUGAAGAAUUGCGAUAUUUGUCAGGCGUAUCAGCGGAGCAAGGCGCCAGGUCCAAUACACCCUUGGCGUUGGCCCGACAAGCCCUGGCAGCGUAUCCACGCCGACUACUUCGGACCGAUCGACGGGACCAUGUUUCUUCUACUUAUUGAUGCACAUUCUAAGUGGAUUGACGUACAUCCAGUUACUCAGGCGACAGCCGAAUCCACCAUCACUAAAAUGCGCUCGUCCUUCGCUACGUUUGGCAUUCCGGAAACCAUUUGUACAGACAAUGGUUCGCCUUUUACCAGUGCCGAAUUUGGUAAAUUUGUCGCCAACAACGGAAUCCAACACGUUAAAUCAGCCCCGUAUCACCCAGCAUCAAACGGAUUAGCGGAGCGUGCAGUACAAACUGUGAAACAAGGCUUACUAAAGCAGCGAACGGGAACAUUGCGAACAAAACUGGAUCGGUUCCUAUUCUCCUACCGUUCUACACCCACUGAGGCUACCGGGAAAUCCCCGGCGGAAUUGAUGUUCGGCAGAAAUCUGAGAACGAGGCUUCAUUUGUUGUUCCCGAACCCGCGUGUUGAAGUACAGGAGCGUCAGAAAAAGUUUGUGUCUUCAGAGGAAUCAAAGCCGGAAGUUACAUUUCAGGACCAUCAACCUGUUUACACCAGGUUACCGCAUGAACAAUGUUGGCAGCCGGCGACUGUGCUCGAUUCUUCAGGAAGUCAAAACGAUUUGCAGCUUCCGGACGGCCGGGUUGUUCGCCGGCACUCAGAUCAUGUACGCCCCAGGAGCACUGACACACCUGCCGUGAGUCAGUCACACUCGGAGAUCGCAGAGCAAGCUGCAGAGCACGACGAACACAGAACAACAGGGGAAACUCAAUUACGCCGAUCGACCCGGAUUCGCAAACCGAUCGAACGUUUUCAGCCAUGACUGUAACGUCAGCCAAAACAGGGAGGACUGUUACGUGUUCAACCAAUGAUCGCUCACUAUGACCAUGGACCUGAUUGGCCCUACACACACACGUAGAUAAGCACGCACACACGCACUCAAGGACACACCCUAACUUUCCGUGUUCACAUGUAAACCGUUAAGUGUUCAGUAUACUGUGUGCCAGAGU